AUGAAAAUAUAUGCGGAUCAACCGGAGGAGUACGACGCCCUGUGGAUGUUGGAACGGAAGGCGCGCAGCAUUGGUCAAGAAAGCCAGGAUUCCCUUCCGUACUCGUCGUCGAAAGUACCCGAUACCUUAGGAUGUGGUGGCGAUUAUCCGGUUCAGAUGUAUAGCGGAGACUCCUACAUGCCGAUGAUACAGACGAUACAGACCCACUACGUUUGUACCGAUUGCGGCAAGAAAUAUAAAUGGUUAGACAGUCUGAAGAGGCAUCAAAGGGUGGACUGCGGCAAUAAGGAGAAAAAGUUCUCCUGUCACGUGUGUGACCGAAAGUUCAAGUAUCGAUAUGAACUACGGAAUCAUAUUACCGCGCAUCACUGCGGGUGA